AUGGGACUCGAAGUCAUUCCCAAGACGGCCAAAUUCAAGGCCCAAAACAUCGAAGGCGCGCCUCCGCACGUCUAUUUCACCGAUUUUCUGGGAACGCGCGAUGAGAAGGUUCCGAACCCCAUCGUGGGCGCGUGGUUCCGUAUUGAAAAGGGGACACCUGCAACGCCACCAAAAUACGAGUAUGAUGAAGUUGGGGUUGUCAUCGAAGGCACCAUCACCCUCAAAGAUGAAGAUGGAGGGGCGGAGACGACCGUCACCAUCGGCGAUAGCUUUGUGAUCCAUCGAGGAAGUACGAUUGCGUUUUCUUCCAGUGACUACGGCAUCGCUUUCAAGUGUGGCAGUAGAUUGAUGGCGAGACUGUGA